CACAAAAUGGCUUGCAAGUUGUUCUUCUUUUUAGCUCUUCUUGUUUGUGGGGGAGUUGUGAUAGUGAAUGGGGCUGAGUGUUUUGAAAAUCCCAAUCCAGGCUAUUCUGUCCAGCAAUAUCAACAAGCUGCUCAAAGGAUUUGCAAUGGCGGGUUCUCUGAUUUCAGCCUUGACUUGGGGCAAUUGCCUCAUAGCCAGUUCCGGAUGGUGAUCCAGGCACAUUGGGACGGCAACAGCAGGCAACAUUGCUGGUAUGCCUUCAACAAUAUCAUUAGCCAAUGUGUCCAGGGCGCUGGGAUUGGGUUUGAACGGUGGGCGCUGGGAUUGGGUUUUCAACGGUCAACUUGAACACUACCAUCUUCAGGCUUUUUAAGCAUUUCUUGCAGGAUUGUUCAAGCUGCCAGUAAAACAUUUCAAAGGCGCCAGGAUUGGAUCUUCGAUUUCAAGCAUUUUUAAGCAUUUUCUUGCUUGAUUGUUCAAGCUCAAUAAGCAUACCAAAACUUAUAAUGAUAAGCUGCUUGGUUUUAGCAGGAA